CCUCCUCCUACAGUUGUAGCACUGGACACUACCAACUUGGAUCCACUUUAUCAACAAGUCUGGCGCUCUUUGACUCCAGUCGACAUAAAAUGUAAAAGGAAAAAACAACUCAUGAGCUGUUUUUUGUAGGUUUACCGCACAGAUCAAGUGGUUUGGGAACUUCUGGAGGUUUCAUUUUCACGCUUCAUCUCCAGGCGCUCCUCUUUGUUGCAGAAACAGAUGCUUUUUCCUGUUCACGUAAUACAACCUCAUCGCCAUGUCCUGUGAUGAAGACCCUUACAUCUUCUCCACCGACACUCUACCUAGUGACCGCCGCUUCCUCCCUCCACUGGCCAAUGGGCUGCUGGGAUGGAGGGUGUACAACGGCGUCAUGCACAUGGGUGGUGUGUAUAACGGGGAGGGUGGGCAUUGUCACCGGGCUGAUGUCCCCUGUCCCCAUGCUGUGCAGCUUGAGACAGACGAAGUAGCCCAGCACACCUACGCCCUGGACACCCACACGGGCAUUUUCACCCACACUCUGAGCUCAGCGAGUGUCACUGUGUCACAGUCUUUGUAUUCACACCGACACUACCCCAACCUGAUGGUGAUGGAGGUCCUGCUGGUGCGUCAGGUGACCUCAGAGGAGCCAAUCAAUGUCCGGCUGGUCACUUCAUACACACCUGAGAGCAAAGACAUCGUUUUCGAGUCUGGUCCUGAUUACAAAGGGGGCAGCCACAUCCAAGGAAAGGUGACCACUGCUGAGUUCCCUGGAGGUUUCUGUCCCACAGUGCAUCUCAUCUGGAUCCCCAUUCCUUCCACUCUGACACUGCUUCCAGAGCAGAGCCAGGCUCGCUGGGGCUUUAUCCUGGCUGUGGCCAACAGUUUAGAGACUGCUGAGGCCAGCUUCGAUGAGGGUCUGAGUCUGAUGGCGAGUGGUAACCUGCGUUUGUCUCACGAGAAUGCCUGGAAAGAACUGUGGCUGCAGAGCAAGGUGGAGGUGGAGGGUUCGGAGAACGUUGGCAAGGUUCUGAUUGGCUGCAUGUUUUACCUCCUUAGUGCCUUCCCCUCCAUACACGACACCUCCAGCUCUUUUGGUGGAGUCAGUCCAGGUGGGCUGUCUAACGGUGGGGAUGGUCAAGACUACUGGGGCCACGUUUUCUGGGACCAGGACAUUUGGAUUUAUCCUGGUAUAGCCCUGUUCUAUCCCAAGCUAGCCAAAGCUGUGCUGAAGUACAGGGUGGGGACUAUAGAUGGCGCAAAAGACAACGCCCAAAAGCAGGGCUUCAAGGGACUGAAGUUCCCAUGGGAGAGUGCCGUGUCAGGGAGGGAGGUCUGUCCAGAGGACAUUUACGGACAACAAGAGAUUCACAUAAAUGGAGACGUCACCUUGGCCUUCCAACACUACCUCCACCUCACAGAGGAUCUGUCCAUGUUCACAGAGGGCAAGGGCCAGGAGGUGAUAUACGGUGUAGCUGAUUACUGGGUCUCAAGAGCAUCGUGGAACCCUGACGACCACAAGUAUCAUAUCUUAGGUGUCAUGCCACCUGAUGAGUUUUAUUACAAUGUCAACAACUCUGUGUACACAAACACAGUGGCCAAAAUCAGUCUCCAGUUCGCUGUAGAAUUGGCUGACCUCCUUCAACAUCCUGCACCAAAGGAAUGGAAGGAAGUGGCUGAAAACCUCAAAAUACCUUUUGACCAAGAGUCCCAAUACCAUCCAGAGUACGACGGCUACAUCAAAGGUCACCCAGUGAAGCAGGCGGACACAGUGAUGCUGGGAUAUCCUCUUGGAAUUGAAAUGUCCACAGAGAUCAGGAAAAAUGACCUUGAAGCGUAUGAGCCAGUAACAGACAUUCAUGGUCCGGCCAUGACAUGGGGGAUGUUUGCAAUCGGCUGGCUGGAGCUAGGGGAGGCUGACAGAGCUCAACUUUUACUGGAGAAGUGCUUCAAAAACAUCCAGGGACCGUUCCAGGUAUGGAGUGAAUCAUCAGAUGGCACCGGUGCAGUUAACUUUCUCACGGGGAUGGGAGGAUUCCUGCAAGCUGUGCUGUUUGGUUACACUGGCUUCAGAGUUCAGAAGGAAUGUCUGGCCUUUUCCCCAAUUCUUCCCAAUGACGUUUCGGAGCUCUGCGUCCGUGGCGUGAAUUACCUGGGCUGUCAGAUGGACUGGCUGCUGAGGAAAGAUGAAGUUUGUGUCAUACUGAGGGAACAGGAAAACAAAUCCUGUGAUCUGCAGGUUGUUCUGAAGGCAUCUGGGACUAAAAUCCCUCUCACACCAGGGAAUCCCGUCACCUUUCCACGAGAGCCGGGGUGUGUUUGUAAAGUGGCUUGGACGUCUUCCUGUUGGCCUCUCUGAAACAGCGACCGUGACCCUCCUAAUCAUUCCAGUUACCUACUGUUAAAGAUAUUUGGAACAACUUAUUUUAUAUCAAAGCCACUGUUAAGCAAUCGUGACAAAAUGUACGAUAUCCCUAUAGCAUAAGCAUUAUAAUAUACCAUUGUUACAAACCCAUUACCCAGAAUGUUGUAUUGUAAUUAAAUGGAAAUAUAUUCAAAUAAAACUAACAUUGUUUGCAAA